AUGGCCAUUCCACCACAGUUUUUUACACCUUACAAUGCGCAAGCCACAGUGCAUUUGUAUGAAGCCUUUUGGGGCUUGCUGCUGCCAGUGACUGUGCACGGCCGGGUGUCUGACAUUUGGCGGGCAUACUUGACGCAGAAGCUCCUUUGGGACGUGGGUCAACUCGUGACUUUCUUACCACCUUAUGUGGUGCAUGACCGUGUGGCACACGACUACUUGAAAGACUUCCAAAGUGAAACUGACCUGCAGUUGAAGUCUACAGCCUUGGUUCAAUUCUUAUCCCAAUGGUCUAGCAAUGCUCCAACUUUGUUGGAACGCAUUGAACAGCUGUGGGCGGCCUUGUACGCGCGUGGAUUCGUGGAGUUGGGAGAUGUGAGGCUUGCUCAAGCAUGGAUAUUGGACCUCCUGGCUGUGGGCUACGAGUUCCCCAAGCUGAUGUGCAAAAGCUUGAAGAGUGAAGCUGGUGGCAUCAGCAACGGCCGAGACGAGGGGGAGGUGAGGUUCGACGUCGACGAGAGCAAUACGAUCAGUACGCCGAGCUUCGAUGAAGAUGCACUGCGCAGGCGUUUUCCUACAGACUGGACCCAGUGCACCGUCCUGGCGGAUCUUCCAAGCCCACGAUUUUCUGUCGAGGAAACAGUUGAGGCUCGAAAGCACAAGACGGACAACCCGGGCUGUUCACCCUCGGUGUUCUUGACUUUACUGGGCUUAGUGAUUUGUACAGUGACGCUCAUUGUCGGCAUUGUCGUUUUCAAUGUCCAGUGGAGACGUUAUGGUGUGCUCUGGGGCGGCUACUUGGAGUGGAACUGCACCUUGGUUUCCUGCCAUCUCAGAUACAGCUACACGGGCACUUAUCGCGCAAUGGGCUUGCGGAAUUUCAUGGUGAGAUCUGCCAAGAAGUUCGGAAACAAGCGAUUUGCCACGCAAAUGCUUUUGUGGUGGGGUCACUAUAUGGGCGGGCGGUUGCAUUUUACUUUGCAGGUUCGAGCUUCCAAAGUCCUAUCACGAAAUCCGCGGCCGUUGGGCCAUGGAAUGUCGAAUCGCGUCACUGUCCGAGAUGUAUCGACGCGCAAAGUUUUGCUGCACUUAGAGGUUGACCCUGCAGACACUGAAUCCAGGUUGUGGGAUGAAGUUCAAAAUCGGCUUCCUUGGGGCUUGUCACUGAGUAGUUUGAGACUGAAGGAUGAAUUGUUGCCAUCUACGUUCAGGCUUUCAGAGCUUGCGCAGCUCGCAGCGGCCAAGGUGCUGGUGAAAACGAAGCCGCAGCGGCCUUAUCGGUUCGUGAUCAUGUGGAAUGGCCGGACCCCCUUCUUGGUGGAGUUAUGGCUCCGGGGGAAGCAGAAAAGGGUAAGGGUAUUCCCUGACCUGGAGUGGCCUCCAUAUGAAGAAGAUGAAGACGAAGGAGAGGAAAAAAAUGGCGAAGAUGAAUGCCAAGGAGAGGAAGAAAAUGGCGAAGAUGAAUGUCCCCCCUGGAAGAAAAAACGCCUGGACAGUGAUGAAGAACACUUGGACCUGGGGUACAGCAAAACCUGGGCAGAUUUCUCCGCUUUGCCCAUUUUGGAGACCGAAAUUGUGGAUAUUUUCAUUGGGAGGAGCGAACUCGAACACUUUACCUGGCGAAGUAGGGCAUUCGGCCCUCAAUUUUUGGGGAACUCCAUCCUAUUACAGAUGAGAGACUUGGCCAUGUUGAAGAUGACUGGUUGGAACUGGCAAAUGUUGCAUGUGAAAUUCUCGUCUCCUAUGGGAAACAGUCUUGCGCCCUACACCUUUGCAGUGGAUGCGGAUGGUCGCUACUUCCUGUUUAUCGAGAAGGUGAUCUUGGAGACGAUGCCUGCAGAAGCCGAAAACACUGAGCCUGGUCUGUGGCCGUUCCAUCCCUACCACUAUCUCUAUCAUGAGUUCAAGUAUGACAAGUGCAGCUUUCGACUGGAAUAUGGGCCCAACCUGGACUUCACCAAUGGAAAACCCGAAAGCUUCCCACCUUUGUCGAAGCUGCCCUUGUGCACGGGUCCCGCGACGUUCCAGAGUUGGCUCUUUGGUGGGCUCUGUGAAGCCAGUAGCCGCUACACCAAACUGAUUGGUGGUACCAUUUGGGGUGUGAUUUGUCAGGCCUCCCGGAUUGGGUUCGUACUGGUUCUACUGAGCAUUCUGCUGUCCAGUGUGGUGUUCGUCUUCGUGGUAGUGGAACAUCAAGUUUGCCGAAAGGAUUGGAAACCGCGCUGGGCCGUUGCAGCCGUGAAGACGGAAAAAUUCCGACCUGUGGCCAAGGUGGCUGCGGGCUUAUGCCCUAUUUGCACCGCAGCCUGUGUGCUGCAGUAUCGCAUUAGUAUCGCCGGAUUGGAGCAAUCCGGCGGUGUUUGCAAGGUGGCCUUUUCUUUUCUCGCCAAGGAAUCCGUUGAGGUGCAAAUGCCCUGGGGGACCCUUUGGUACUGCGUCAUUGCUGUAGUCCAGCUGGGGCUCACCAUUGGUUUGUUGCGCGGACCUUUGAGGAAACCGGAAGCGCCGUUGGCGAUGGACCUCGUUGACAUUCAAGUGGAGAUGCAGAGUCGACACUUUGAGGAGGAGUCAGUUCAUCCGGUCCAGCCCUACGGAGGUGCCGGGCCAACAACCCAUGUAUCGGCCGCAGCCGAUGGGGCCGAUGGCACCUAUGGCACCUAUGGCAUUUCCAGCCAAGGGCACUGGAAAAGGUGGAAAGGGCUUCAUUCCGCCAAGACCGCCACCGGCGGUUAUGCCUACACCGAGAUGGUGGGGCCCAGGUUACCCAGGUUCCAGGGGUCCAAGUCGAGCCUUCUGAGAGGCUGCGGCUAUGCUGUGGCUCUCUGUGCGUUGAUUGCGGUUGCCGGCGGCUUCCAUAGGCGCCAGACCCGGGCCCUCCGGGCCCGGGCACGGACAGCCCGAAGGGCCAACAUCACGGGUCCCGGCUGGACGGAUGAGCUGGCGCGGAUUUUUGAUCCACGCCCAGAGGGGCCUGGAUGGCAGCCUGAGUUCGGUUACUCAGGUAGACCUCGACUUCGAUUGCUGAUCGACGCUGAGGACAUUUGCCACUCCUAUGCCAAGGCUAAGUACCUCCAGACUGGCAAGUGGACAGGUCCUCUAAGUGAAGGCAUCGAGAAGGUCUUAGACUAUGGUGCUUGGGGUGGUGGCGAACCUGAGGAUCGGGCUCCAGAUGAGCCGGAUAUGACGCCUCCAGAAAUCUUGACCUUUGUGGGAAUGCCGGCAGACAUGAUUGAGGCCGUUAAGCCUGGAGACUUGGUGGAUGGCUACCCAGAGGCCUGGAGAUGGAUGGUUUGUGAUGAGACUCCUCUGCCGAAAAAAUGCUGGCAGAAAAAGGCCAAUCAACGAUGGAUACGAACUUCACAAGUUCAGGCACUGGUUUGA